AUUAUACCACGAUUUAAAUAUCAAUACAUAGAAAUCUAUGCCUCUAGACCAUGGUACCAUAUAUAUUGAACCAUGACAAAUUAGAUAGGUAUCAUCACAGUUGUACUAGUUAUGCGCAGUAUGCUCAUCUCCUUCACCUCCGUCCAAUAUCGUAGUUCUCCAUUUCUCAUUGGUUGAUUUUGUUUUAUGUUAUAUAUGUAUCAUGAUUGAUAACCAAUACGAAGUGGAAAACUACGAUGAAGGCGAAGUAAAGAGCGGAGGAUGCGUAUCAAACUACUGCGAUGAUACCUAUCUAAUUUGUCAUGUAUUGUAUAUUGAUAUGGGUAGUGCCUAUAGUGCUAGUGGUACGCAUCAGUGAAAUUGACAAUAGUUAAUUAACUGAUUUGAUAAUUUUGUUUCUCGCCAUUUGGCCAUUUACUAUUUGUGAUACUUUAAUUGUUUAUACAAUUAUACGUCAGGUUUAUUACACCACCCCGUACCGUUGCAUUUAUUGGUUUUCGGUUUUCUUCAUAACUUCGAUCGUCGCAAACUCGACCCGAUUGUUGCAUGACUGGACGUGGGUGGGUGAUCCAUCAUGGCACGAUCAUGCUCCUCUUCUAGUGAUACGUCGUCACCCAAGUACGAGUUCUCGGAUUCGGAUUCCGAUAACAAGCGGCGUGGAAACAGAAAUCGUCCCCGCCGUUUGCCGACCAGCAAUAGUAAGAACGCUGUGGCCGCCCGCAUAAACCGCAUGAAACAGAAACAGUACGUCAAGGACCUGGAGCAAAAGAUGUCGCAGCUUAAACGUGAGAUCAAGGGUGUGAAACGGGAGUUGAGGGAACGUGAGGAAAAGUGGGCUAGCAGCCGUCGACAGGUGGCCUAUUUGCGCAGCAUGAUUGCUAACAGCCAUCAAAUUGGCGGUCUGUUGCGCAACAUACGCUGGAGGAAUAUCGUCCCACAAGAGGAAAGAGACAGAGACCACCCCCACAUGGUGCCGCCUCCUCCAGUUGCACCUCAAGAAGAAGAGGGCUGGGCACUGUUAGACGGUGUCAACCCUACAACGACUGAGCUAUUCCAAGAAACCGUCCCAUCUAAAUAUGUGUCAGUGUGCACGUUGUUACCGUAGAAAGACGGUUGUGCGCCUGCAUAUUCGUGGUGUAAAUGAUCUUAUUAAUUAAAAGAAGCUGUGAUCUCGCAUGUACAAUUUUACAUGCCAAACCUUCAAAUUAGGCAUAAGGUAAGAAGCGUUUUUGAUUUUGAUUAACUAUCAACUUUUAAUGUCUAAAGCAUUUAGCGUGACCAAUUUUCUUAUUAAGGACAGUGGAAGGUUGGUUUCUUUUAUGUAUCAAAAACAAAUACAAUAACACAUUUAACUCAAUAUGAAUGAUAAUGACUAAUAUUAUCAAUUGAUAAAAAUUAAAUAAUAUAAUUUUAAUAUUUUUCCAUUGUCCUUAAUAUUUUAUUAUUAUUGUAAUCAAUAUUAAGCCUUAUGUUUACAAUUAAAUAUCAAAUAUUUUGUAUUAAAUGUAACAGUGUUGUUUUAUUUUACUAAUAUGAUUUUUUUUAUGAAUAAUUAUCAAGUUUGUUAUUUGAUUUUUAUUAAAUAUUUAUAAUUUAUACCUAUGAAAUGUUAUUUAGAUUUUUUUAUAAAAUUAUUUAAGCAAACAAUCAUUGUUAUUAUUUUUGACAAUAUUAUAAUUUAAGUCGUUUUAAUACUAAAUUUGUUUAAAUAGCUUACCAUAAUUUUAACUACCUAUACAAAUGAAAUUAUUGUACAAAUUAUAUUUAUUUAUACUGUG